CUCUAUUGUUAACCGCAAAUCGCCGUCAAGUAAUUAAUUUAAAGUAAUGAAAUGGAUCAGUCAUAUUCGUUGAGAGAAAACUGCAGGGUUGAGAAAAUGCCGGCGAUGCUAUGAGAAAAUGUUGGAGAGAAAACUCGAAGUUCGAGCGAAAUGAGUGUGCCGAAGACAUUCGAACCCAGCCGAACGCAGUCGAACAAUUUCCGACCAGUGAGAUACGUUUGAGUCGUGAGAUACGUUCGAGUCGUAUCCGUGAGAUACGCUGGCAAUUUAUUCAGCUCUGCUCUGCAUCGGCGAGAUACGUUUGAGUCGUUUUCGCGGCGUCAAAUCGAGCAGACCUGUGUCGCUCCGUAGAGCGUGUUCCCCCAAAUAAAAAAAGAAUAAUACGAAAAUCCGCCUGUGUGUUAGGAGCUGAGAAAAAAAAAAAAACAGAAUAAUUUUAAACCAACAUACACAAUCAGUUAGUUUCAACCGACCAGUCCGCAGAAACCAUUCGACGGCAACGGAUCGGGCGCGCUAUUGUCGGCAAUCCGAGAAAGAUAGCCAAAUAUUAUUAUUAUUGUUCAGACACUCAGAGGGCGUUGAUAAAAGAUCACCCAGACAACUGCAUAUCGGAGUGGAGUGUUUUGAAAUCAGUGAAAUUCUGUGUGAAAAGUCGAUUCAAAUUCAAAACGAAAAAUUAAAGUUACCAGCCAAUUUCACCAGCUGGAGUAAUCAAAAGUGACCCACCGAACAAAUCGACUACAACCAACCAGCCAAUCGAUCGAUCGGUCAAUCGUGUUAAAGGACUUUCGGUUUCGUUACGAGUGCGCCGAUAAAGUGCCGGAUCAGUGAUUUUCCCGGCAAAGAAGAUUUUUUGCGGAAAAGAUACAAAAAAAAAAAAAAAAAAAGAAGAAAAAAAAUACAAAAGUGGAAAAACAACAACAGCCGGAGAAUCGUCAUAGAUUUUACUCUCCUAAAGCAACAACUUCUGCAAUCUGCAAUUGGUAUAUGUACUAAAAGUAUAUAUUAAUACAUAUAUACGCACAGAUAUAUAAAACAAAAACGAUCGAUUCUCGUGCCCGCGCGUGUGACUGUGUGCGUUCCCAUGUUGCAUAUACAUAUAUGCACGAAAAAUAUAUAGAUAUCUAGAGCCGACUGUUGCGACGACUUUUCUAUAUAAUCGGCUAGUGAGCACGCAGACAACGAAAAGGUGCACAAAUACACCAGCAGAUGCGGGUAUAUAUGUAUAUAAGCAUAUAUACAUAAUAUAUAUAUCUAGCCAAAGCCAAAGUAGAAGAUAUAUAUGCGUAUAAGCUGAACGCGGCGCACUCUGCUCUGUUUUUUCUUUUAUAAUUACUUUUGUCUAAAAUUAGAAGACGUGUGUGUUGUGUGUGCCCCGUCCGUGUAUCCGUAUCCGUGAGAUACGCGUGAGUGUCCGCGUCUGCUAUAUCGCACAUCAUCAUCACCGUACACCAUCCACAUCAUCAUCAUCAUCAUCAUCAUCGUCAUCAGAGAUCAGAGAUCUGCGGCGGUGUGUGUGCCAGAAAAGACGACUCGUGAAUCAGACUACGGCUGCGACUACGACUACGACUACGGCUACGGCUAUAUAGACGAGAGAUCGCGUAUACGGCCAGACCAGACAAACAUUAUCGUAUAUCUGGCGGCGAGGAUUACAAUUACAAGAGCAGCAGCACAGCAGCAGAAGCAGCAGCAACAGAACAGCGGCCGAAGAUAAAGCCGAAUACGAAUACGAGUACGAAUAUCCGAGCCCCAAAACCGAAUCCGAAUCCGAAUACGAACCCGAAUCGCGACGAUACGAUACGAAACGAUCGCGCGCGUGAAAAACCUCGUGAAGAAAAGCGCUACGAGAAAAAGUGGGAGAAAAAUCAAACGCCACGCGACCUUAGGCCCGUCCGAUUGGGGGGGCGUUCAGCGGGGCGUGGCCGUGCGUCGACUCCUAGCGAUCGCUCAAGUGAAACGCGGCGAAAUUCUGGGCAGAUAACAAAAAUGAGUCACCAAAAUAAGCAACAGCAACAACAGCAGCAGCAGCAGCAGCAACAUCAAAAGCAAAACCAACAGCAACUAUCGAGUGCGGCCAAGUGUUCAUAAAUUAAUGCUAGAAAUACAGUGUGUUAGACCAGUCCGAAAGACACUAUCCCCCUCUCUCUCCCUCUCGAACAGUCCGUCUCUCUCUUGCCCCUGCUGUCGCUCAAAAUGCUACGAAACUAUCGAAAGUAUUUGCAGGAUAAACGGAAAUACGACAAGCCACAACGUCGAGGCAGUGAAGGUUACAUUUGUCACGUUUAGGCAAAUUUCAAGGACACAGGACACACCAAACACCCCAGCAGCAGCAGCCGCAGCAGCAGCAAACGCAGCAGCAAUACGCAGCAGUAGCAACACGCAGCAGCAGCAGCAGCAGCAGCAACACUCGCUAUCGAGAUUUUGUACAUAAAGUCGGGGCAAUAGCAGCAACAACUUUGGAGGACGCCAUGUAUGCGCAACAUUUGCGCAAAUGGAGUCUAAAAAAAACAAAAAAGCAACUAAUGCCAUUGAUAUUGCUAAUUAUCAGCUACAUGUUGCUACAAGACUCAUGUGUGUUGUCGUCGGCGACGACGCAGCAGCAGCAGCAGCAACAGCCAACAUUAUGGGAAGGCAGCGCCGAAGAAAGCAGCUACUAUAUACCACUGAGUUCGGAUAAUGGCAGCGGGAGCAGUGAAAGCGCCGAGAGCAGUGGUAGUAGCAGCAGCAGCAGCAGCAGCAGCAGUAGCAGCAGCAACAUCGACAACAAUAUCUUAAGUAGGCUGCUCAGCCUUACCAGCAAUAGUCUUAGUAGCCGUAGCAAUGUUAAGUUAAAGCCAGCAACAGUAUUCGACGCCGGCAGCAGUUCACCCGCUCAGCAGGAGCAACAUGUUGCUGCCGUGCCAGAGCAGCAGCAGCAGCAACAGCAGCAGCAGUCAAUGCAAAAAGUUCCAAAUACGUUAAUCAAUAGUCAAAUAUAUAAUUUAUUAUACAAUGGCAUGCCCAGCGAGGCGGCGAGCAGUAAAAUGCGUCGUCAUAUUCAACCAUCACAGCUGCAACAUCAGCAAGAGAGUUUAGCGCGAUUACCGAGCAACUAUAGUAGUCGACCGGUACAGAGCUUUCUCAUAGAGUCCUACGAAAUGCAAGAUGGCCAGUUGGAGGAUCGCAGUCCGGAACAGGCGGCGCGAAGUCGUCGGGACGGCAGUAACACCAACAGCAACCGACAGCAACAUCGCCCCGGCCAUCGGAAACAGUCGCAGCAGGAUAGGCGCGAUCAUCGCCGCCAGCGGCAGGAACAGCAGAAGGAGCAACGCCAGCGCAAAAGCAACAACAACCACCAGCAGCAGCAGCAUCAGCAGAAUAAGCAGCGCCGGAAGCACCAGCGGAAGCAUUGGGGUCACCAGCGAUCGGACCGCUACUGCUCUGCCCGGGAUCCCGCCCAGUUGGCCUAUGCGGCGCCCACCGUUUUCCAGGGCGUCUUCAAGUCAAUGUCCGCCGAUCGUCGGGUCAACUUUUCGGCUACGAUGAAGGUGCAAAAGGUGUACAAGCAGCAACAUGACCUGCAAUUGCCCACCUUGGUGCGAUUGCAGUUCGCGUUGAGCAACACCAGCGGCGAGUGCGACAUCUACAGGGAGCGACUUUUGCCGAGGGGCCUGUUACGAUCUGGAAACGAUCUGCAGCAGGCCUCGGAUAUAUCCUACAUGAUGUUCGUCCAGCAGACGAAUCCCGGCAACUUCACCAUUCUCGGCCAGCCCAUCAGGGUCACCCACUCGGUGGUGAAAUCGGUCCAAAUGGCUGUGAGCGAAAAUUAUGCACAGAACGCAUCGAUCACGUCGAUCACCUCGGUGCCGAAUAACACCACCAUCGAACAUGGCCGGGAGUUGAGGAUCGUCUGCAAGGUGUCGGGUCAGCCGCCACCGAAGGUCACCUGGUUUAAGGACGACAAGUCCAUCAAUCGCAAGCGCAACGUUUACCAAUUCAAGCAUCACAAAAGACGUUCCGAGCUGAUCGUUCGCUCCUUCAAUAGUUCCUCCGAUGCGGGCAAGUACGAGUGCCGGGCCAAGAAUAAAGCCAGCAAGGCGAUCGUCAAGCGCCGCAUCAUGAUCAAGGCCUCAGCAGUUCUCUUUCCGUUGGACCAGUCGCGCAGCUCGGGCACCCCCUGUCACUUUGACACUUUCUGCUUCCAUGGCGGCACCUGUAUGAUGAUCGCGGAUCUCAACGCGGUCUUCUGCAAUUGCCCAUCCGAAUACUACGGCGAACGUUGCGAGAACAAUAGGCUCAGUAGUAGUAGUAGGUACAGCAAUAGUAAUCCUGCCGAACCAUGCAAGACAUAUCAUGGAGGUUAUUACUGCUAAAAUAGGCACUUCUAUAGCAUCGAUUGUUUUACGUCGAGUCAAACGCGAGUUAUGCACACAAAACCGAAACAGAAACCUAAACCGAAAUCGAUAACGAAAUCAAAUCAAGCAAACCGAACUCAGUGCCCAUACCAAAAUAAUGAAUAAUACAACAUACAAAAUAAAAUAAAGUAACUAAACAGAACUAUCUACAAAGUAAUACAAACUGAAAUAGAUAAAAUCAAGAACCAACGAAAUUCCCAUUGCACAUUUCACAGCUAUCCCUCCACAUAGAAGCUUUCUGCAAAAUAUGGAAAGUGAAAUAAACCAAAUAUAGUUGAUAAAGCGACCCAUAACACACAGCCCAUACAACCCAAUCAAUUACACAGACAGAAAGUACAAAUACAGUAUGCAGAAUCGGACCCAAAACUUAAAUCCAGACACCUCUCAACCUACCCAAUCACACUCCACACUAUCCUCCCUGCUAUCAGUCACUUUGCAAACGACGAACUAAAAGUUUUAUUAGAGAACACAUUCCAAAAAGAAACAACGUAAAGUCUUAAUAACGAAAACAAAGAGUAAACAAAAUAAAUAACUAACCAAGUUGUUCAUAAUAUUUAUUAUUUUGUAAACUAAAAACCAUAUUAAGAGCAAUCAUUGAAAAACGAGAAAAAAAAUCAAAUAAAUACGAAUAAAAACAAAGGGUGCUAUAGAAGGUUUAUUUUAAAUAGUGUUUAUAUAGGAACUUAAUUUAAUUUCAAUUCACUCAUCACACAAACCACACCAACCAACACCACAAGUAAAUGUAAAAAGAAAAAAACAGCAAAACAAAACAAAAUUAUCAAGCAACUCGGACGGACGGAUAAACGGACAGGAGAGAUCAGGCGGACGCAUAACCGGACAUUUGAACAUUAGGACAAAAGGGACAUUUUCCCCACAAAGUACUGAGAAACUUGUCGAAUCCUUUGGCUCAGCCCACAUUUACGCACCCCAAAUACACACAAUAUGAAUAUCCAGAUUAACGAUAACAAUCAACAGAGGCUCUCUUAAGUUAGAUACACGAAUAUCCACACGCAUAAACGAUGGCAAGUUGGCCAAACAAAAACAAAAAAAAUGAAACACUCACCCACAAAAGGCAACGUACUGACUUAACAUUUGAAACGGGAACUGAAUUUUGUUUUGUUUUCAAUGUAAUUUUUUGUAGUUUGCAAAUAUUAAAUACGAACCGCAUUCAAUAACCCAUACUUCUUAAUGAUCUGCAAUUAAUUUUAGUUACUACUCGUUAUUAGAUAUUAACACUUGGCUGUAGAUUUUGACAAACCAAACAAACAAACAAAAAAAAAACACCGGAAAGAACCCAAUUCGAAUCAAACAAACCAACAAUUUCAUUUUGCUCCUUGUUUACUUUUAUUUGGUGAUUGUUUUUUUUUUUUUGUGUUUUUUCUAUUGACUAAUCUCCUGCGUUUCCGAUUUGGGUAACUAUGUUCACUAUUACUUCCUUAGUUUUGUGCUCGUCUCCUCUAUAAAAAUAAAAUUCCACGGCAAAGAGAGAUCUUAGGCUCGAAUGAACCAGAAGAAAAACAUAUUUCCAAGUUGUUCUUGCUAAAGACCUUCUCAUCAAUAUCCUCUGCAUGGAAUUCUUUACUUCGAGAGCGCAAUUUGAUGCUUGUAGUUGCUGCCCCUAUUUGUGGAAAUGGUGUUAGCCAGCUUUUAGUUAACAGUAAAUGAAGAACUGAAAGAUUAAUUUUUAAUUUUAUUUAUAAUUUAAUCUCUUCACAGAUUGUUGCAAUCUACGGCCAAAUACAUACCUUAAAUAACGACUAUUAAUGCAUAGAAUUUUGUUUCAUUAAUUUAUGAUUUUAUAAACAAAACGAAAAACAAAAAAUCGAACUCCCUGCACUCCAAAUAAAACGUCGACAAUUGUAAUUUUUACGUUUUUUAAAAAUUAGUAAAUUUGUUGCACCAGCAGAUCAAGCUCAAAAAAUAUAAGUAAAAAAAAAAUUCAACUACAAAAAAAAAAAA